AUGACAGUGGAUCCGGAUCUGCACAAAGCUCAUCUGAUCUCGCUCGUUGGCAUGAUCACAAAGAAGAAAUAUUACUGGCACGAACCCGGUGUUGCCUAUACUUCCAAUCGUCGGCUGCUGUGCAUCUUUCAAGUCCGCGACCUCCAGCAUCUGGAUACUGUGGAGAUUCGCGUGGAUGCGUCACGCUUUGGUCUUCUGGGCACGCUGCGAUUGAACAGUAUCGUGGAGUUUUCACGGCUGCAGGGUUUCAUCGCUCGAUCCAGCUACAAGGUGUACUUGAAGUGGAGUCACCUGACUGCUGCUCGACCGGUUUCGCAAGAAAUCCGUCUACCGAUUCCAUCAGAGGCUGAGCUGUACAGCUCCAUGUCCACGUCCUUCCUCAACGACAUGUACCAUUAUUCUCAGGUUGACCGAAGACUGCAUCGGUACGUGGUCGGAGUCAUGCACAUCAGCUACGUGUUGAUGAAGCGCAAGUGUGAAUCUUGUCACCAGGCGUUGCAGCUCGUCAAGCGGCGUGGCUGCUGGAAGCACGCAGAUCCACUACCCGGAGCUGCAUUCUACCGCGAAUGCAAGUGGAAGCACCAGCACUGGGCGAUAUCUGAACCCGUCUUCAAGACCCGCACGUUCUUGGGCGUCACCGUGCGCUGCGUCAUCGACGACGGAUCCGCGCAGGCCGAGUUGUUCCUGGAGAACGCCGUCGCGUGGGAGUUGCUGACUUGUCCUGACGGCCAGCGCCAACGCUUUGAGGACAUUCUGAGCAACUACGUGGACGAGCUGAGCUACUUUUCGGGCCGCACAGCGAGCGGCUCGUUCGCGACCAGCAGAGCCGAGCGGGAGCAGGAGUACUACCAGAACGAGCUGCGGGCCUUCGUGGUGGACGCCCUACCGUCCUUGAGAUCCGUGGUGGUGUUCGCCCAGCGGUUCUACAAGGCCAAGCAGCAGCAGGAGGGCACGUCCGUGCUCACCUUCGGCAAGGACAUCCACCUCACGACCAAGACGGCGCCCCAGCCCAAGCUCGAGGCCAAGCGCGUGGACCGCCUCCAUGUGCGCAGCGAGCUGCAGCGACGUCUCGCGCAGCUGCGAGCGUUAUCAGCCGACUAG